GGGGCCUUUCUAGGGUCUUGAACGUGGCAGUCACAAACAUGGCGGCUAGAUGAGAGUUUAAAGUUUGUUUCCGCGUGUGUAUGCUGAAAAACGCAAUUUUAACCCACAUAUAUAAAAUCCGAUUUAUCAGUUUAAUUGCAAGUAGCUUUAUAUGUAACUGAGAAUGGCUGCCUGGGCUGGAUUUUCAGAGGAAGAACUGCAACGAUUAAAACACAACGACGAGCUCAUAAACCAGGCUGUGUCAGUCACAUUGGGUCGCGGCCGGAGAGCCGCUCCGACUAACCGGAGCAGACAGCAGCUGCAGCGGGAAAGAGCUCUGCAGCUGGCAGCCAAACAGAAGGAGGACAGCCAGUCUCUUCCACCCGAACAACAGCUUACCAAGCCCCCAGAGCCUCCUGCUGUCACUCUUCCUGCUCCUGUCAAACCGAAGGACGAGUCCAACCCGUUGGAGACGCAACUGGUUAAACAUGAAGCAGAACCUGCUAAACAUGACCCAGAAUCACCUGCAGAGUCUGCGCCUCCUGCAGUCAUCAAGGAGCUGGACAAAGAGGAAGUGGAAUUGCGAGAGAACAACCGUCUGCAGCAGUUGCAGUGGGAGCAACGGAUAAUGGAAGAGAAGAAUAAGAAAAGAAAAGCUCUCCUUACAAAAACCAUUGCUGAAAAGUCCAAACAGACACAGGCUGAAACUGUGAAACUGAAGAAGAUCCAGAGAGAGCUUCAGUUGCUGGAUGAUUCUGUGUCCAGCGACAUUGGGAUUCUCAGGAAACUGAUAGAGCAAUCCAGCAUGGAUUACUCCCAGGCAUGGAAGCGCUUUGAGAAAGCAGAGGCUGAGUAUGUUGCUGCUAAGAUGGACUUGCACAGGAAAACGGAAGUGAAAGAGCAGCUGACAGAGCACCUGUGUGCAAUCAUCCAACAGAAUGAGCUGCGCAAGGCCCAAAAACUGGAGGACUUGAUGCUUCAGCUAGAACUUAAUGCUGAGGAAGACCCCAGCGCCGAGGAAACCGAUCUAGAUGACAAAGAGAGGGAGGCCAACUCCCAACCUGUUACUGAAAAUUGUCCUGCAGCAGACACAGAGGGGUGUACAGAGGUGCACGGCUCAAGUAUGAGCAAAGGCAGUUCCAUUACAGAACCAAAGAUCAGUCAAGACAAUCAGGAGAGCGAAGCAACAGAUGUUUCUGUAGAUGGGCUAAGCUAGCUUCCAAACAUUGUUAAUUUAAAAGAGCCUGUAUGACGCCUUACAUAACACUUGCUACCUGCUUUAGAAAUUGUUUGAGUGUCGAACAAUCCAACAGUCCUACAUUUUGUGAGGAUAAAAGACAGCCUCCGUCUGAUAUUUAUGUCAGUUAAGUUUCCAAAUACUGUGAGGGUUAUUCCAUUACUACUUGCAUUAAAAAAGGCCCAAAUAUUGAUUAUGAUCUGUUAAGCUUGUUUUUUGGUUUUCAUUGAGGGUGUUACAUGAUCCUAAAU